CCGGCGGCGUGCAAGACGGCCAGACCGCCGCACCCAGGGGCAGGUGCAGAGGCGGAGCACACGCCCGUAAGUGGAGGAGCCUGCCGACAACCCGCUGGGGCGGUGUGCAUCGCACGGAGCCUGAAGAUCAGAACGCGGCACCAUGUCGGCCAUGAACGAGACCACGUUUACGGUGCAAACGGGCGGCGACAACGACGCCAUGCAGGUGCCCGACGGCAUCGAGACGGUGGUGGUCAACGACAACGCCGAGCGCGUCAUCGUGCCGGCUGGCGUCGAGGUCAUCCGCCUGCAGAUGCCGAAGGGCGGCGGCGGCGGUCAGCGAAGCCGCAGCCGCAGCCGCAGCCGCAGUCCCGACUGGAGCACGCGCGCCUCCAGCGGCCGCAGCGAAAGCCCCAGCUCCUACGGCGACAUGAUCGACGAGCUGGUGCGCGCCAAGCGGUCGACCGUCAGCGAGGCGGUGCAGGCGUCGCCGGCGGCCGUCAGCGAGGCCGUGCAGACGCCGCGCGCGCCGGCUAAGGUCGAGAAGUCGCUCUCGCUGCCGAGCGUGCCGGCCACGCCGCCCGGCUCGCGCACGGAGGGCACCGAUGUGCCCGACUUCAGGCCGGCGGCGCGGCCGCCGCCGCUGGCCGCGCCCGAGCGCGACGCCUUCGACGACCGCACGCUCGAGGUGGGCAGGAAGCGCGACAUCUUCGACGACCGCACACUCGAGGUGGACAAGAAGCGCGUCAUCGGACAGCAGCCGGCCGGCAUCGGCAAGCCCGGCGCCGCGCCGGCGCCGGCCAACGGCAAGGCCGUGCGCUACGCCGGCGACGUGGAGAGCGAGCUGCGCGACCCGCUGGUCGGCCAGCGCAGCGUCAAGAUGCGCCACCACGACUCGUUCGGCUGGCGCGAGGAGUUCGAACGCGUCGAGAGCGAGCAGAAGAAGCCGCUCGUGCAGAGGAUGGGCCGCUGUCUGGCCGACGUGCUCUGCUGCUGGAUGGGCGUGUGAAGCGCACCGGCGCGCCGGCCCGUCUCGAGUCUCCACGUGGGAUUCGGCGGGUGGGCGGACGUGCAUUUCCACGAACCAGCGCUGACCUCACAUGAUCCCAGCGCCACGGACCGUCGGGCCGGCGAUAGCGCUGGCGCCCGGCCCACGGCCAAUGGCAGGCGGCGAACGGCGAUGCGCGGUGACGUCACGCACGGAGCUCGCCCACCCUACUCGCCGCUCUCAGGGGACUGUGCAGCGCGGAAUUUUGACGGUAAACCCCGGCGAUCCCGGGACGGUCAUUGGCGGAGGGCAGCGGAGGGCCGUCUGCUGCCGCGGUCAUGUUUUGUAUGUUAUUUUCGAUCGACAGCGCUGCUCGGCUCUGGCGGAUUUCAAUACUAAUGAUGUUCAAGCUCAAGCGCGACUUGCCUCUUGUGAGUCGCGUUCCAGACACGGCAUGUCAUAUUUUUGUACCGCAUAACAAGCUCCAUUAGUCAGUAAGCGCUUGAUACAACUGUCUUGCUUUUUUAAGCCCUGAAGCAACAACGGAGGUAGCUGGAGUAAAGGCUGUAGUGCAAGUGAUCGUCCUUUUGCGAUACAGUUGCAUACUGCUUUCGGCAUUUACCUGAUGAAACCAUGUGGAUGUGUUGUCUGGAUUUGCGUACCAAGGAUUUCUGUGGUAGUAUUUAGCUGCAUUUACACAGCUUGUGAGCUAUCGUCAUACGCUGUCAAGUGCAUGCCAUAUUUUGCUGUGCGUGAAUGCCAUGCCUUUCCUUUGUACGUUGUAGUUCCGCCAAUAUUGGUGUCCAGCAACUAUUAGCAGUAGUCUCAACACUGGACUGAUAUUCAGUCGCACUUAGCAAUAAGCCUUCAUCUUCGUCACUGAAAAUAUAU